AAGAUGAUUCGUAUCAUUUUCAUCUUUGCUUUUCUCUUACCAACUUCCCUUGCUUCUGUCCUAGAUUUCUGUGUAGCAGACCUAAAGGGUGCAGAAAGCCCUGCAGGGUAUCCAUGCAAGCCACCAGCAUCACUAACAGUGGAUGACUUUGUGUUUUCACACUUUAGAGCUGGAAACACCUCAAACUUUUUAAAAUUUUCAUUAACCCCAGCAUUUGUUGAUCAAUUUCCAGGUGUUAAUGGGCUUGGAUUCUCUGCAGCAAGGUUAGACAUGGAAGCUGGUGGUUUAAUCCCAAUGCACUCUCAUCCAGGUGCCUCUGAGUUACUAGUAAUGGUGCAAGGUCACAUAACUGCAGGGUUUAUAUCAUCAGAUAACACCGUUUUUGUGAAGUCACUGAUAAAAGGGGAUAUUAUGAUUUUCCCACAAGGAUUGUUGCAUUUUCAAAUCAAUGCUGGCAGAGGAAAAGCGAAAGCCGCGGCUAUUCUCACUUUUAGUAGCCCAAAUCCUGGGGCACAGAUCCUUGAUCUUGCAUUGUUUGGAAGUAAAUUAGAUUCUGCUUUGGUGUCAAGGACUACUUUCCUUGAUCCUGCCCAAGUGAAAAAACUUAAAGGUAUUUUUGGGGGCAGUGGCUAG